CGCACAUAAAGUGCUGGGGAGCGAGAGGGGAGAGAUAAGCGUUUUAAUCUCGGGAUAUUCUGUUGGGGUUGUUUUUUUUUUCCUCUCUCCCACUGAGAAGUUUUAUUUUCCUCUCACCGGUCCCUGGGAUCACAGCCAGACAGGAAGCGUUUUCUCGCGGCCAGAGAGCUCCCUCCGUCCUUCCUGCGCUCCUCCGGCUCCCAGUGAUUCAGCUCUGAAUUGAUUUUCUCCGUCGUCCUUCACCGGGUGCCGGGGAAGGAGGGGACCGUCCCCGCGGCACCCUCCCGCAGCCGCGUGCCCGCGUCCCGCCUGGGGUGGAUGCGUCUCCUCCGGGACGGGCUCCCCGGGCAAGUUCACAGCCAGGAGCGGCCGCGCAGAGGCUGAGGCUCCGUGGGAGAGCCCCGGGGACACGCUCAGACCCCUCCGAAGGAAGCCAUGGCCGACAGCCAGAUGCCCUUCUCCUGCCAUUACCCCGGCAGGCGCAGCGUCCGCGACCCUUUCCGGGAGCCCGGCUUGACCUCGCGCCUGCUGGACGAUGAUUUCGGCAUGUCGCCCUUCCCCGGGGACCUGACGGUGGACUGGCCCGACUGGGCUCGGCCCCGGCUCACCACCACCUGGCCGGGUCCCCUGCGCACCGGCAUGGCCCGCGCCUCCACCAUGGCCCCCGGCUACGGCACCUGCUUCGGGGGGUACCCCGAGAGCCGCAGCCCCGCGCCCUUUCCCCGCGAGCCCUGGAAGGUGUGCGUCAACGUGCACAGCUUCAAACCCGAGGAGCUGACGGUCAAAACCAAGGACGGCUACGUCGAGGUGUCAGGCAAACACGAGGAGCAGCAGGUGGAAGGAGGGAUCGUCUCCAAGAACUUCACCAAGAAAAUCCAGCUGCCCUACGAGGUGGACCCCAUCACGGUCUUCGCCUCCUUGUCGCCAGAGGGGCUGCUGAUCAUCGAGGCACCCCAGAUCCCCCCCUACCAGCAGUACAGUGAGGGUGGCUGCGGCAGCGAGAUCCCCGUCGAGAGCCAGGAGGCCACCUGCGCCUGACCGGCCACCCGUGUCCCUCCCGCGCCCCGGCAUCCCUCCUCCCCUCUCCCCUCUCCCCCCGGAUCCCCGCUCCCCGGUCCCCUGCAGCGCGGCAUCCGGACAGCCUCCGGCAAGGGUGACGGGUGCCGCUUGCAGGGAUGGCAGCACCCACCACCCCACGGGGCGACAAGCUGAGAGCCGGGGCACGCGUGCCGGGUGCCAGGCCACUGUCCCCGAGGGCUUGUAGCGGUCUGAGGUGCCGGUAGAGAUUUUGUGCCCGCGGGGCCGAGCAGAACGGAUGUCCUCGGUACAGUUAUUUUUUGCUCUGAGUCGCUCGGAUGGGAUAUUUAUAACAAUAGCAAAAAAGGGCCCUUUUUUCUCUAAAAUUGACGUGGAAUCCUGUAGCCCUGUGUCUUUUCCUCCUCUGUGGGUUGGGUUUUUUUUAAACUACUUCUCUGCAAAGGACACGCGUCCAGCAGCGGAGCUUGACGGCACGGCCUCUGUCCUGAGAAACGCAAACUGUCCCCGUGUUUUGAAUGUUGGUUUGGGUUUUUUUUUUUCUUUUUUUCCAAAGAGUAUUUGUGCUUUUACUUGUCAGACCUGAGGAAUAAAACCCAGUCGACGUUC